AUGGAGGGCACCGCGUCAUCGCCUGUAGAUCUCUCGUCGUCGCCGAUUAAAAACCCUAACCCUAAAAUUAUUCCCAACCCGGCGAACAAUUCACGGAGCACCAUCCAUAUCGGCGGGAUACCGGUGGAGUUCCCAUACCGGCCUUAUGGGACCCAGCUGGCAUUCAUGAAUCGCGUCAUCUCAACGCUCGAUCGUUCUCAAAGGGAUGGCCAUUGCCAUGCACUGCUCGAGUCGCCCACCGGCACUGGGAAGUCACUGUCUCUGCUCUGCUCCGCUCUCGCGUGGCAACAAAAUCAGAAGACUAAGAAUUUACUUGCGAAGGUGACGCACUCAAGCAUGAGGCCUCACCCCGAGGCUAUUAACGACCCCCUUAAUCAUGGUGGGGGUUUCAUUCCUGAGACCCAGCCGCCAGUAACACCUCAACCUCCCACAACUAAUGCCAAAACAGAGAAGCGAAGAUUGACUCCAACUAUCUUUUACUCAUCGAGAACACAUUCACAAAUCAAACAAGUGAUUGGAGAGUACAGGAAAACCUCUUACAGGGCUUCGAUGGCAGUUUUGGGGUCAAGAAAACAUUACUGUACAAACCCGCACUUACGUGGUGAAGAAAAUGUUGACGAACAAUGUAAAUUACUUAUGAAGAAUAAACAAGAUUCUUGCCCACAAUUUAAAAAUGUUCAUAAGGUCAGAGGACAUCCUUCUCUUCAGAAAGGAGGCUGUCAUGAGGUCCAUGAUAUCGAAGACCUUGUCAAAGUUGGCCAAGUAGUCAAAGGUUGUUCCUAUUUUGCAGCACGUUCCAUUGCACAAGAAGCAGAUUUGGUCUUUUGUCCGUAUAAUUAUAUUAUCAAUCCAGUCAUCAGGGAUGCAAUGGAAAUUGAUAUUACGGGAAGCAUUAUCAUUUUUGAUGAAGCGCAUAAUAUAGAAGACAUUGCUCGUGAUGCUGGUAGUAUCGAUCUUGAUGAAGAAGAUUUGAUAUAUUUGCAGACAGAACUAGGGCAACUGUGCCUGAAUGAUGACAUAACUUACAGACCAUUGUUUGAGAUGACAGAGGAUAUCUUGAGUUGGAUUGACCAGAGAAAAGUUACACUAGUCAAGCGUGAAUCUCAGCUCUACUUCCGUUGUUGGACUGGAGACAAGGCUUUAAAGGAGCUACAAGAAGUUAAUAUCUCACUGCAGAAUUUUUCAAUCUUGCAUGACUGUGCCAAGCAGGCAAUCAGAAUUGCUUCAGAAGCUGAGGGCGAUAUCACUUGUCUAAGUGGACUUGCAGCAACUAUAUUGGAAGGACUGUUUUCUUCACUCAAUUACUUCUUUUCUGGGAGUGGCAUCCAUGCAUGUGACUAUGAACUAGCCUUGCAAAGAUCCGUGAAGAAAAAUGAAGGUGGUUGGAGAACAACGUUCAGCCUGUGGUGCAUGAAUCCAGCUGUCGUUUUCAAAAGCAUAUCUGGAAUUUCGCAAUCUGUGAUUCUAACUUCUGGGACCCUAUCACCACUGGGUACUUUCUCUUCUGAACUUGGUGUUCAGUUUGGCACCUGUCUGGAAGCUCCUCAUGUCAUAGAUGUUGAUUCACAAGUAUGGGUAGCUGCUAUUUCCAAUGGUCCUGGUAGAUAUCCACUAAAUGCAAGUUACAAGACUGCAGAUGAAUAUGCUUUCCAGGAUGCAAUUGGGUCGUCUCUGGAGGAAAUCUGUAAGAUUGUUCCUGGUGGGUGCCUGGCUUUCUUUCCUAGCUACAAGCUGCUGGAUAAAUUGUGCAAUAGAUGGGAACAAACAGGCCAAUGGUCUAGACUAAAUGCUCAGAAAUCCAUUUUCAUUGAACCGAGAGGAAGCACCCAGGAUUCUUUUGAGGCGAUUUUGAAGGAUUACUAUGAUGUAAUUUGCCAUGGCACAAGACAGUUGAGUGGGAGAAAGAUUCGGGGUAAAAAGUUAGGUCUAAAAAAUGGCAAAUCGGUGGAGCCCACAAAAGAUUCUAAGAAAGAAGGUGCUGCAUUUCUGGCAGUUUGUCGAGGCAAGGUAUCUGAAGGGAUGGACUUCUCAGACGACAAAGCUCGAGUUGUUGUAGUUGUUGGGAUUCCCUUUCCUAACAUUUAUGAUGUCAAAGUUGCACAAAAGAAGAAGUUCAAUGACACAUAUGUGUCAUCUAAAAACCUUUUAAGCGGGAAUGAGUGGUACUGUCAGCAAGCCUUUCGGGCUCUAAACCAAGCUACAGGUCGUUGCAUACGACACAGAUUUGACUAUGGAGCUGUAAUUUUCUUAGAUGAGCGGUUCCAUAGAGAUAGAAAUAGAACAUACAUAUCAAAGUGGUUGCGCAACUCUAUUAGGUUGUACAGCUCCUUUGAGGAAUCACUUGACGGAUUGAAAUCCUUUUUCAAUGAUGUGAAGGUCCGUAUUGGUGUUGCUGCAAACUCAUCAAAAGAUCUUGAGGCAGAGAGUGAGAAAAUCAAAUCCGUGGAUAAGAAAAAGUCCACUCAGAAGAAAAAUGUUAAAGUAAGAGUACCUAGUCAGCAACCGAAAGAACCAAAUGAUAUCGCAGGUCCAAUUCCAGUUGCGAAGUAUGAUUUACUGUCUACUCGUACAAGGAGUGGAGUUAUUACAAUAACAGAUGAUAAAAAUGCCAGUUUUUGCCGUGAGCACAUUGACUUAGAUUGUGAUUCUGACGAGGAGUCGAGGCCUACUACGCCUUUUGUGGAAAUGCCUUCAAAUGACAUUGAAGUUACUUUUGUUAAAGAAACGCCUGGUGUCGAUUGCCAGACACCUAAACCUGAGUUCAUCUUAAAGGAUGAUUACCCAAGUCCUCAAACAAAUCAUCCAUUUACUUCUUUGCGGCAGCAAUUUUCUUUCGGACCCAAAUCAUGCCAAAACUUAAAUGCCAGUCCUAGUUUCAUUUGUUCUGCAUUUACCACCCCCAAGCAAGAAAUCUCACCUAACGCAAACAGCACAACGCCUGAAGCAGACUCAUCCUGGAGUGCAAAUAAUAAUGUUUCUAAAAGGAGAAAGUUUGCUGGUUUCUCGUCAAUUGGUCCUCUCCAUGAAUUUCAUAGUCCUGUUCCAGUUGAUGACAGGUUGAGUCCUUUAGCAAGUUCAGUAACAACUGCAGAUGCAAACCAUGGUUCAGAAAAUAAUAAAUGUGACAUGUGGAAUACUUCUGAUGGUUCCCAUGUGCCGCUUGUUAAUACACAUGAGAACCUGCAAAUAUCCUGUUUGCGUUGCAAGAAUCCAUUGGGCCUUCCUGAAAACAGUUUAUUUGUUGUGUGUUCAGCCAUCUCUACAUCUAAGUGUCAUUUGAUGUCUCUGCAAAAGAAGGAUUCCGAAAAUGUAGCUUUAAGUACCCUGAGCAUAGAUGUUUUGGUCUGUGACAUAUCAUUGGUCGAUCAUCGUCUUUAUGGGACAUCUCAAGAAGGUGCCUCUGGACAGGGGGUUUGGUGUGAGGAAGAUGGAUGCGUGUUCAAUACUGUAUUCUGUCCGUUCUGUGUUGAAUGUGACAAUUGUCUUGGGGUACAAGUUCUGGCCACAGAUGCAUCUAAUGUGAAGUUUCAAAACAAGGUGAGAACUCGUGAUAUGCGGCUACCUAUUUCUUGCUUAAUGCUGGGACCCAAUAUCUUACUCAACCUUACAUUUUUGUUAUGUGAGCAGAUAUUGUUUUAUCGUGAUCGCCUAGAGAUUAAAUAUUCCGAAGGAGCAAAAGAUGAGGCCGCAUCUCUGCAUGUCGAAUCCAGCACAACAAAAAAGGCGGAUCUCACUAUCUUUGACAAAUAUGCAUAUACUUCACCAGUUCAAGAAUCAACUGGUUGGAGGAGCACAAAAUCACGGAUGCGUCUGCCUAAGAAGAAAUAA